AUGGCGCCCGUGACGCUGCAUGCGCGGUGUCAUGUCGCGAAUGUUGGCGAGGGCGAGGUGCUUUUUGUAGGACAAACAUCGUUUGCAUCCGGGGUGUGGGUGGGAAUCCAGCUGGAUGAGCCGCUGGGGAAGAACGACGGAUGUGUUAAAGAGAAGCGCUACUUUCACACAAAGCCUGGUUACGGCCUCUUUGUAAGACCGAGUCAGGUGCAGACACUCGAAGAAACGCGUCUACGUACACCAGGACAGGAACCACGCACGUCGCGACUGCAUGCCACACCGAGAACUCAACCACGUGUGCAAGCAAGGCAGAGCACGACACCUGUAACCACGCCGCAACGGCCACGGACCGUGGCGCCUGCAGGGCGGCGUGUCGGCCUUAACCAGAGUGCUGCACAGAGUCCAUGCAUUCGGGGGCACAGUGCAAACGCGGCAAAUGCGACGCCGCUGCGCUGCAAGCCGCCGUCUGUGCUGCAGCGCGCAAUGAAGAUUGAGCAAGCGCAAGACCCGGCGCUGCCGCCAAGCCCCGCAAAACAAGCUUUGCCUGACGAAAAGCCAGACACGUUCAUUGAAGCAGACAUAGUGCAAGAGCCGCUUUUACAGCAGCUCCACGCGCUCGAAGAGAAGGCCAAGCACGCGGCGGAUCGCGCGGCAGCAGCCGAGCAGCGCUGCGCCGAAACACAAGCUGCAAACGCACAAGAAAGUUUUGCACUAUCAAAAGCAAAUGACACAAUUGCAUCGUUGCAGGACAAGAUCGAAGAGCUAGAAGCGAAUCUGGAAAUGGCGAUGCUUGACCGCGAGAUGGCGGAAGAGAAAACAGAGUCAUUGGAGCAGGAAGUUGCGCAGCUCAAAGAGCGUACAGAAGAGCUUGCCCUGGAGCUCGAGCUGCACCACGAGCAGGCGACUGCGGAAGAAGUGGCAAUGCCUGUGGAGCAAGCGCAGCUGCAGCGCCAGAACGUGCGCUUGCGCGAAGCGCUAGCCAAGCUCCGCGACCUUUUCCACGAAACGGACGAGGAGCAAAAGCGCGAGAUCGGCGCACUGCGCAAAGAGCUUGCCGAGGCUGGGAAGAUACAGACCGAGUACGAGGGCGUGUGUGACGCAUUCGCUAAGGCCAAGCACGUUGCAGAAGAGCUGCGUGCCCAAGCGGAUCUUGCAGAGCACGCCGAAGAGAUGCUGGAGCAGCUCACGGAGCAGAACGGCGCGCUCCAAGCGCACAACGAAUCGCUCCUUGCCGAAGUCCAGGAUCUCGAGACGUUGCGUGCAGUCAACGAUGAGCUGGAAGAGACACACCUCGAGACAGAGAUGCAGCUGCAGCGCGAACUUGACGCGCGCCAAGAGCACUUGGGAGCACUGCGCGCGGAAAAGCAAGCACACGACGCGCAACUCGCCGACUAUGAUGCGACACUCGGUCAAUUCCGCGAGCUGGUCACAAGCCUUACGCGCGAGCUUGCAUCGUUGCGCGGCAAGGAGCCAGAACGUGUGUAUGCACCUACACUGGACGUGAAAGCGACCAAGAUGCACCAGCGUGCAAUUCCCUCCGCUUUGGAGCAGCUGGACGCCGAGCAGCUACGAAAACAGCUGUGCAUCACGCGCGCGUAUGUACCCCCUGCGUUCUGGAGUGUAGAUUACGACGCGCUGCGCUCUGUGCUAUUCUACGAGCGUGUCGCAAGACUUGGCAGAAUUAUCUGCGAAACCCUCGCGUCCGGCACCGACGUCCAAGAGCAAUUGCUUGCGCGCGCACUCGACGAUGCAUUGGUGCGCGAAUGUAUGCUGCGCCACGCACUUGCCCAUGCCGCAGCACUCGCCCAGCAAAUUGCGGCCGUACUGGGCAGCGCGCCACCCGACGUGUUUAUUGCGCAUGCCCAGGACCAUAUAGAGAUGGCGCACAUGGAGCAGCAACUGCGCGAAGCGCUGACCACGCUCCAGGAUGACCGGUUUGAGGAGUCAAGCUGCGCCCAAACAUGCGCGCGCAUUGUUCCGCUCCUUGAAUCCGUCUCUGCAUCCUUGCAGGACUAUGAAACGCUGGCGGAUCUCGCUGCAAAAGAGGCAGGCUCUGCAGCGCUCGCGGCGCACGACGUGGAUACAUUGCUGGCCGCACUUGGCUACACUCACCAAAUGGUCGCGUCGCUCGACGCGCCGAGCGCACCGCUUGCCAAAACGUGCGACGUUCUUUCCUCGCUCGUGCAUACCAUCCGCCGCGCUUGGCUUCCUGCGGGUAAGAUGCGCAAGCACCUGUCCAAUUUGUACUCGACAGGCGAGACGAUCCGGCUGGCCUCGGUGAUGGCGCUUCCAGGCCUCGGCCAGCUCUCCUCCACGCUUGUUUCUGGCGCUGUUGCGAUGGCGAACGCGGUGGGAGGGCAGAUCGAGGACAAUGCAGAUGCGUUGUUUGCGGCAGUGCAAGGUGCACUUUUAAACGUGGAUCUCGACAUGUUCCAGAAACAAGCAACGGAGCUGGCCUCGACCAUGGAUGCGCUGUGCGCCGUGACGCACAAUGCAGACAAUGUAGUGCAGAUCGUCGUCGAUACGCCGUGGGAGGCGCGCGCUGUGGAAAUGCACGCGGAAAUGCGGCGCAAUACAGAGGCCGAGGAGCGCGAAGCGGCAUUGAACGGGUGCUUGCAGGCACUGUACAAAGAUCUCAGGCGCCGAGACGAUGCUUUGGAUGCGGCAGCACUCAAGGUCGAGCGCGUCAAGCACCAGCUCGACAAGGCGAGGGAAAUGGCGACGGGCGCGACGGACAUGCACGCAAAGGUCGAGGCACUGGAAGGCAAACUGCGCGAGGCACAAGAGACUGUGCCAAGUGCAGUGCAAGAUACAGCGCAGCAUGUGGUGGGCGUCUACGAUCUGCGCCGCGCAUUGGACACGCUGCGCCAGGAAAACAUGUACUUGCGCAGCAGCGCGCACUUGGAGAAGCUUGCGCAGCUCGCGCCGCUCGCAACGCCGCCGCCGACGCCGCCGCCGUGCGCUGCCGAUGUUGAAGCGCUGGGUCCUUUGCAUGCGCGUACGCUGCGCCUCGCUACAUUGCCCCGCGUCGUCAACGUAGCGCAAACGCCCGAGAAGGGGUGGCGGUCUGUGCGAACCAUGCCGCGUGGGCAGUAUGUACAACAGAUGGAGGAUUGUGCGCGUGUUGCGCAAAGCAUUGAGGCGCUUGCGCAGCGGUACGAAGUGAUUAGAUACCCAUAG